AUUAUCAACAAUCACAAUUCAUUACCUAUAGCGCUCAUUUACUUCCUUGUAAACUGAGGUUGUUUGUACAAACAUUUCAGCAAUAUAAAGCGCCAAGACUUCACUUGCACAAUAGAAAAGCCUGAACAAGGAAGAUCUUUGAAAACACAACCCACAGUGUUAUUUACUUCUCUACAAGGGCUCAACGGAAAGUCAUGCUUUGAAGAUUGUCACUUGAGCAACAACAAAAAAAAUAUCCUCAGCUGGAAAUUACAACAGCCAUUGAUCUUUAUAAUGGAAAAAGAAUGAGGUUUACAUGCAGAAAGUGAUCUGGUCAUCCCUAAACAGGUGUCCUAGAGUUUUUGCCGGAGCUACUAGAGAAAAGCCCCGUUCUCCUAAUCUCCAAGCUACACGCAAGUGGUCUCGAGCCAGCAAACCAAGUCUUCGACAAAUUCACACCAAAAUGUCUGGGAAUUACUUCCACCGAGGAAUUUCUCGUCUGAGGGCCGAGGAACUGCUCCUGUCUGCCGGAGAGGAUGGCUGUUUCUUAGUCCGAGACAGUGAAACCCUGCAGGGGGCAUAUGUCUUAUGUCUACUGUACCAGUCAAGAGUGCACCAGUACAGAGUUCUCCCAGGACAGGACAAUAAGCUAUCCAUCCAGGCAGAAGGUGGCGCUCCAGAACCUAAGUAUCCGGAUCUGAAUUCCCUGGUGGCAGACUACAUGAAAAGGGGAGAUAAGAAUGGUUUAGCCUAUGGACUUAAAUUUCCUGUUCCACCAGACAAAGGCGAAGAGGUGGACUCCGAUCUGGACAGCAAUGCAGUCUGGGAUAUCUAUAGCGAUGAAUCUCCAUUAUUGUCUAACGAUAGUACCCAGUUUCCAUUACUUCGAGACGAUGAUGAUUAUCAGGACGCCCCGCCCAGUCUUCCGCCCCACCCACUGGACCAGGAAAAAAUCAGCAGCAAUGGCCUUGACCCCAAAACAGAGGAUCAAAAGAUCAAAGCAACACUUCUUAAUAACUUCUCCAAACUUGACAAAGCCAGUAUGGAAGCAGAGUUUUUAGAGGUUUUGAGAGCUUAUUUUGAGAAGGGGAUUGAAACAGAUGUAACAGCAGUGAAGGCAGGGGACACAAAUCUUCCAGAAUUUCAGAAACUCAUUGAGUUUACAGCCAAAAACUUACAGAGGGAACUGGACAAGUUCAUUAAGCGGGUGCGUGUCAUCAACGACAUACUAACUGUUCCGGAGACUUCCCAUCUGACCCGCUCUCCGUCUGUGAUGGAAAAGAGUGGAUACAGUAUUCCAGCCAUGUUGGAGAAAAUGAACAAAUGUAGAAGUAACCUAAUGGCACUGGACAAUAAAGUGCAGGAAACUCUGCGCUACUUCUCCGUCUCACUGUACGAUUGUCUCCCCUUUGAGACGACAGAUUCUGAUACAUUGCCCGAGUCUUUCACGCCUUUAUUGUCCUCUAUUGGAAAACCACACAUUCCCCGAAGUGAUUUUGAGGUGAAGUUGAUGCGUACAGGAAAGCAGACUAAGAUGACGCUCUCGGUAGAUAUCCCACAUGGAAAACUGUACGCUGUCAAGCCCUCGAAAGAAUCAUUGGAUCCAAACAGUGUCUUCACCCAUGAAAGAAUUACCCAGUUAGUCAAGAGCACUAAGGACAAUACAAAGCUGGACAUGUUGAUACUGGAUGAGGAGAAGAAGAAGAAACAGACAAAAUUCACGCUGGUCUUUGUCUCUGUCCAUGUACGAGAGACGUUUUGUCAGCAGAUCAUGCAGAUGAAGAACAUGCAUUCCUCUGCCGUAGACGUUGAUCAGAUUUCUGUGUUUGUUGGAACAUGGAACAUGGGUGACAGUCAGCCCACAGCUUCCAUCAACAGCUGGCUACGAUGUAAUGGCACUGGAAAACCUCGCGACCCACAGGUACUGGGGGUCAUUCCACAUGACAUGUAUGCCAUAGGGACACAGGAGAGCGCCAUGACGGAGAAAGACUGGGUCAACUUUGUCAAAAACCACAUCAAGUCCUGUCUCAUGGCUGAUGUAGAGCUGGUGGAGGUUUGCACGCUGUGGGGAAUUCGGUUAGUGGUGCUAGUGAAGAAACAGUUAAAACAGUACAUCAACAGAAUACAACAUUCCACGGUUAGGACUGGCAUUGCCAACACGCUAGGCAAUAAGGGAGCAGUCGCAAUUUCAUUUUACUUCAAAGGAACCUCAUUUUGUUUUGUCAAUUGUCACCUGACAUCAGGGGAUGAAAGAAAUGAGAGGAGGAACCAGAACUACCGAGACAUCAUUAAGGGCCUGUCCCUGGGGCAGAAACACCUGGGUCUGUUUGAUGUCCUCAAUCAAUUCAACCACCUCUUCUGGCUGGGAGAUCUCAACUACCGAAUCGAGGAUAAUAUUGCUACAAUCCUUGAGAAGGUGGAAUGCAAAGAUAUAGAAUACUUACUAACAAAGGACCAAUUAAAGAAAGUGCAGAGAGAAAAGAGAGGCUUCUGUGGCUUCUGCGAGGAAAACAUUUCUUUU